AUGGCGUCUUCCGACUCUGAUCAAAAGAAAUCUGGCGCUACACGAGGCCGUAAGUUAACACCUCACUCUCGAGUGAAAAAGAACGUCGUGACCGAAACCAAGAAGAUAGCAACGAAACGACGAGCGAGUCCAAGGAAAAACCUUCGAAAAACGAUGUCAAAGGACAGUGAUCAUGAGAAACCUCUAGAAAAUAAUUUAUCUUCUUCAACCAUUUGCGUGGGUGUAGAAAACGAACACGAAAUGAAAGACAAUGCAGAUGAGGAGACCUCCGUGCAAGUGGAGAUUGCACCUGCUCAAGAUACGCAAUUAAGAAGAAAUUAUCUCCAACGAAUAUAUCGACAAUUGCAAAGUACACAUCCACAUCAAAAUGAUACAUUAAGACGACAAGUUGCUACUAAUGUUGAGAUGCAAACGUGUCAAAAAGCGACGACACGGAGUGAAUAUGCUGCUUUAAUGGAUCAAGAAAUCCAUAAACUCAUGCAAGUGGAAUUGGCACAAGCCAAUGCAUCAGUGUACACACACGAAGGUCAAAGUUUUGACAACUUGCACAACAAUAAUCGACAAGCUCACCCACCCAUAGUGUCAAGUGAGAUACAAAGUGGAUAUUCGCCAAAUCAAAUCUCCCAUUCGCGCAGUUUCGAGUAUGCCCAAGCACUAGCAAAGGCACAAUCUCAAGAGACAAACAGAUUGUCGGCAUAUUCCACACCACGUCAAUCCGCGAGUGGUGACAACUCGUUUCAAUCACUGAUGACUAAUCAGACGCCAGGAUAUGGACAUGGGUUGCAACAACAGCAGCAGCAACAGAGUACUCCAAAUCGAGUCGUGGGCAUGCAAAGUCUCCCACAGAUUGGCAACCAAUUUUAUUCGAUCACUUCGAAGAUGCCUUUACCUAGCCAAAACUUUUUGCUUCAGAGCAAUGUGGGAACCAUGUCAGGACAAGACGUACCUCGGGCACAACAGCAGCUAAACAGCUUUCAAAUGCAAUCGCAGUAUAAGCAUCAAUCCGGGUCAACGCGUUUACAUCAACGGGUCUCAACUUUCCAGGAAUUUUCCGCCCAAAUCCAGCAUCUGGACAAGUCUGUGUUGAUUGAAUUGUUGUGGAAGCAAAGAGGUGCCUUGGCCCAGUGGCAACGACAAGCAAAGCAACUUGAGCUCCAACUGUCUGUCCAGCAGAACACUGGAAGCAGCAUAGAAAAUAGCGAUUUUCAUUCCCCAUACAACUCACCUAACGUGAGUGGAAGCAAAUUCGUUUGUCCAAAUGUCUCUGCGGAAGCUGAGAUGCAGCGAGGCCGAGAACGGAAUAACGCGCGGAAUGUAAUGUCGCAGUACUCGUAUACGCAACAAUCGAACGAGAGCAGUCCUGCAUGUUCUCAAGCGGCUGGUAACGGAAUGGACUGGGGAGAAAAUGCGCAGGUGUAUUGGGACAAAGUUCGAUCUUUAAAGACGACAUAUUCUGACCAGUUGCGCGUUGCAAAGCGAGCAUUAGCCAACAACAGCGCUCCUCCUAACACGCUAUACAGUGCGAAGGCCAAAUCCGUGAUGAACAAUAUUUGUUUGGUGAUUGACAUCUUGGGUGAGCAACCCACGAACAUGCAGCCACGAAAGUUCGACGUGCUCACCUCCAUCGAGCACUUUAUUCAGGUGACGGUAGUUCCGAUUGUACGAAAAGUUCGAUCGUCGUUAACCACCUCAGCACCGCAAACAGCAGUGACUUCGGCUUCUUUCCCAGCAGUAGCCACGAGUGUUGCUACAUAUGCUUCGGAAAACUCGCCUUCUCAAAGUGGUGCUCAGGGUCUGGCUGGACAAAGAGCGGAAAGCCAUAAUGCUGGGAGUGGAUGGUCUUCUAAUACAAUCUCGGAGCAGUCGUCACGUGAAUCAUAUACUCAGUCUGCCGAUGUGAAAAGCUCUCCCGGUCGAAUUAUUGAAGAUUGCACCGAUAUGCCAACGAGAAUGGAGGAAUUGCCUCCGUCAGUCGAAAACAGUCCGACAAACGACAGCAGGUAUACGUCUUCUCAAUAUGCGUCGGUAAGACCGGAAAGUAAUGACGCUGCGGUGAUGCAGAGUGAUACAUCAGCAGAUCAGGCAUCGGAGUUUGAAGCCAACAUGAUGCCGAACGAGCCAUUUACUCCAACGUCUGAGUUUCGUUUGCCUACGGUAUCCGAAAUGCGCCCUCCUAGUUCACAAAAUGGUAUUAUAAAAGAUAGCAAGGUGUUGCAGUCUAACGUCGAUGUCUUGAACGAUUUCAACGACUUUUCCGAGCUGGAUUUUGACGAAGACAGCAGCAAUUUUUCGAAAGAGAACAACUCGUCAAAUAUCUCGAUGAAGCGAGGAAUUGAAGAUGUGUGA